AUGGGUUGUAAGUUCACGAAGGUCAGGGAUGGGCGUUCCCGUGAUGACGACGGGAAGAUUUCGGAAGUGAUUAGCCAAAGUUCUAGUUUUACGGACCCAAAGAAAGAUUUGGAGUGCCACAAUGCGCCAGUCACAAGAGAAAUUGUAGAGAAAUGUCAACUGGCAAUAUCGGAGAUCAAUUCAGAGGAGGACGAAGUGUUAAGUCCACAUAUGUACCCUCCCUUUUACAUGGACGGAAAUUCAGAUUCAGGGACCGUUGCCACAGAAAGUGAAAUGGACAUAAAUUUCUUCGAGGGAGAGGAAAGCAGGCCGGGGACAUCAUUUAGUGAUGUAUCAUCCUUGUCAGUGCAAAGUCACUAUCCUUCCACCAUUUCAUCAAGGCUUUCCAACUUCUUUCAAAUGGGGAAACGGAGUAGGGUUCCUACUCAUGGCGAUGUGUCAGUGGAUGAGGACAAUGGAGGUGGAGAUGGAAAUGAAGAGGAUACAUCAAGCGGAUGUGAGAGGUCGCCUACACCUAGGCACACGGAUACGAGGUCAAACAGUGUCCUGUUACAAAGAGACAACACCACACUGCCUAACCGAUCCAAAAUGGCUGCAUAUCGGAGAGGAGGUCAUGGACACCAAACCACUGACAACAUCUUAGAAAAAGAUGAAAUGCCAGAUCUCGAUAUAGAAGACGAUGGAAGGCCAUCCUCCUCCAGCAGCGAAGAUUCCGUUUUGCCUCCACAAAUCAACUGCCGUGUUGUAGUCAGGUCUAACGCCGCAAGAGGAACAAGAAAUGUUGUCCAAGCGGCACCAGAUCCGGCCGAGAUUGCUCACCAUAUUGUAGAAUUCGAAGCAGAAGUUGAGCAACUUAUUGGGUCACAUGCUGUAGCGACAAGAGAUUACAGAAACAGACAGCUUCGACCAAGGGGUGCACGUGGGCCCCGUUUGCCGUCAUUUAGCCUCCAGUUCCAGAAUCCUAGAUCAAACUCCAGGACUAUGGUGGAAAGUGAGAGGAGGUAUAGCAAACAUUUUGCCGAAAGUGUGAGUCGCCCCCAACUGACUGUGCGAGGUUUGACCGCAACAAACGACUGUCUCACUCAAUGGAUGGUCAGCCAAUAG